CAAUUGUGAAGCUGUACAGACGCAGUCACUGCGAACGCAAUGUUCAAUGACGGUAAAUCCACUUCCGUGGAAGCCAAGAGGAGACCCACCUCGUUUUAUCAGAAUGUGACGUCUCCGCGUUACACUGCUUCGGUGAGGGACCUGCGGCACGAUGUUCAUAAAAUGAUACGACUAGGGGGAAACCACACAGAAGUCGAUGAGAAACGACGGGUACGCACGAUGGAGAUAAAACUGGAACAGCAUACGAAAAUAUUCGCUUCUAUGUGUCCUGAUGAAAUUCUCGAUCAUUAUGAUAACUAUCAGACUAGAAUGUACUACACCACUUUGAUGCUUGGUGACGUAUCAGGGUUCACAGAUCUCGCUGAGAAGUACACGAAGACAGGUAAAGGCGGGCCAUCGAAAUUAACGGAAACGCUGAACAGUUAUAUCGGUGCGAUGGUACAGGAAAUACUGUCUCAUAACGGUGACGUGCUGAAAUUCUCUGGUGACGCGUUCAUAGUAAUGUGGAAACUGAGCGAUGGCAUGAUGAUGCGCGAUCUGGCGAUCGAAGCAAUGCAGACCGCCUGCAUCAUUCAGAAACACUUUGGAACUUACGAUACCGACGUUGGUGUCACGCUCAAAGUAAAAUUAGCGAUAGCCUCCGGCAGAACUUACUUUACGUCUAUCGGAGACCCAGAGACCAUGUCCCAUUACAUUAUCACCGGUAAACCAGUGUGGGACGUGAAGUUUGCCGAAGGUCUUUGCCGAGGUGGCGACAUUCUUGUUGCACCCAGCAGCUGGCAAUGGGUGAAUCCGAACGAGUACGUGCACGAAACGCUUCCGGAUGGCGUGCACACUUUGAUCAUAGCCUGCACUAGUUCGUGGUAUCACUCGAGGGAAGACGAGCAUCCCACCAGCACCGAGGGUAAAGCUUCAAAUCAACAGAUUCCUUUGUUUUCUCCUUUGCUUUAUUUCUUUGUUAUAUAUUAAGAGGAAGACACCGACCGCAUGGAGUACUACGAUUCAAGGUUCGUCUCCAGGACCGUGAUGGAUUCCGAGACCGACGCGGUGGUGGUCAGCCUGGGUGGCAAUUUAGAAGGGGAGAAAUUUCGACAAAUCGAUUACACUCUGAGACCGAAGGUGGUGAAGAUAGCGAAGGCUCGCUUGAAAGACGCUUUGAGAAGCUACAUGCUGAGGCCAGUGAUUCGAUCCGUGGAGAUGGACGAGCCCCUGGAGUACCUGACGGAAAUGAGACAAGUGGUGAUCCUGUUCAUCAACGUUCUGACGACAUCCGUAGGCAAAAGAACGCUGAUCACCUUAGUCAACUCGGCUUACAAGCUGGUUUGCAUGAUCGUCGGCGGGAUGCACGGAUGCGUCAACAAGACGUCUCUGUUCGACAAGGACCUGAUGUUUCUCUGCGUGUUCGGUCUGCGCGGCGAUAAGCACGAGCUGGAGUCCCAGAUCGGCCUGAAAUGCGCAGCCAAGUUACGAACCACCCUCACAGCGUUGGACAACGUGAAAUCCGUUACUGUCAGCGUGACCACGGGCAUGACGUACUGCGGAGUCGUCGGUCAUAUCCUGCGAAGGGAGUACACUGUCAUCGGAAUGCCAGUGAACAAGGCAGCGAGGCUCAUGGUCGCUUAUCGGGACAAAGUGGUCUGCGACAGAGAAAGCUUCCUUCAUUCCCACCUCGAAGCCAGACACUUUAUCCUGCAGGAACCGAGGUACUUGAAAGGAAUCACGAACGUGGGACCGAUAUACGAGUUUCAGGAGCAACCUAAAUACAGCGUGACGGAUCUGGUGUGGAACAAGUAUCCGUUGCUGGGUAGAGAACCUGAAGUAGAGAGGUUCCAGAAGAUGCUGUCGAAGCUACAGGACUAUUCUGCCAAGUCCGAAGCGAGUCGUGGCUUGAGACCAAAAUACAAUACUCUGAUCGUGAAAGGUGAGCCAAGAAUAGGGAAGACAAAAUUACUAGACGAGUUCGUGCAGAACGUUCCAGUUGGAGUGCACAGCAACUACGUUUCGUUACGACCCGAUAAUGCGAAGGUUGACACUUGUUUCUCAAGUCAUCUGCAGACCCCGUACAGCCUGAUUCACCAGAUAUUCUCAAUGUCCCUUGCUUUUUCUGUCUCGUCGACGCGCAAGGAACGCGAGGAUAAGUUGCUCCAUCGGCUAGGCAAGGUGCGCCAGUCCUAUUUCCUCUGCGCCCUGAAUCAGCCGUUUAAUGUUCAUUUCCCUAUCACACGCCGAUACAACGGUUUAACGGAGCCAGAGAAGUGGAAGAUCUUGCGGAAGUUUCUGUUGAAACUGAUGAAGGUGUGCUUUACCGAUUUCUCGGUGAUGAUCAUGGAUGACGCCGAGUACAGCGACCAGGAGUCCCUACAACUGUUCGACGUCCUCACGAAGAAAGACACGGUCUUCUACGUGCUGGGCAUUGGCAGGAAGCUUGGAACCGAAUUUCAGAUUCAUCCUAAUGUCCUGGGUAGAACGAAGAUCAUAGAACUUCACGGAAUAGACAGAUGGUUCCACGCGGGCCUCGCUUGUCAAACGCUGAACGUGAACGGUCUGCCUGCGGAGCUGGAGAAACUUAUACAAGAGAAGAGUUUCGGUAAUCCAGGCUGGAUCGAAAGCUACUUAGUCAGCCUGUUGCAAGCUGGUGGGCUGGAAAUAAUCAUCAUUAGUAAGAACGAAGCCACUCAACAAGGCUACGUGUUGCCUCCUGUGAGCAUGUUGAAAAGAUUUACAAGUGAGAAGGUCAUAGAUGCCAUGGACGAAGAACGCAAGGACAGAUGGCAGAUGUACCGAUCGAGCUUCAAAGACAGCAUGAUGUCGCUGACAGAGGACAUCAAUAUCAGGGACUCGCAGAAAGAGCAAACGACUUCCAGCACGGACGAGACUUUGAUCGCUGUUUGCAAGAUCUCGAACAAGUUCAUAUACGACGACGUAGACACGGAAAUCACGAUGGAUGUCAUGAUCUUGAAACUCUUCGAUUCCCUGACGCCCCUCGAUCAACUCCUUCUGAAAUGCGCGUCUGUCAUCGGCGAGACUGUCAACAGGCACAUGCUAGAAAGCCUGAUGAAUCUUUCCGCGAAGAGGGAAAUAGGACUCGCUGUCUCGAAAUUAUUCGAGAUACGAGUCUUCGGGUGCGCUACCGGUGACUUCUCCAGCUACUCGGGGCCGAUAAUAUUUAUCCAGAAUAUGCGGAACCCUACUUCAGAGACGGGAAUUUUCUGCAACUGCAUUGGUCUUACUAUUCCACCGGAGCUGCAGGAUCUGCCGAGGUACGCUUCCUGCGGUCUGAUGAGGUUCAAAAUGACGAUGUUUCGCGACACAACCUAUCGAUUGCUCACGGAGAACCAGAAAAUGGAGCUGCACAACCAAGCACUGAAGUAUCUACAGCAAUACACGAAACGUUGCCUGUCUUGCGGGGAGGGCCAGUUCGCAAAGUUAUUGGGGAAAGCCUCGAAAAGAGAAGACAGAUUGAGAAGACCGACUGUAAUCGAGGACAUAUUCGACAGCGUGGAGUUCGAAACGCUGCAUGACGUUGUAGAACCUGAGAAAAGUAGGCAAACAGAUCGCAAGAAAUGGCUCUCUUGCGUCAACCUGUUUCGUCGCAUCGAAAGGAGGCCGACGGUUACUUUUUCCAACGUGGAUUUCAGUAAUUGCCUGUGCGACCUAAUAUUAAUGACGGUGUACACGCAAAUGUUGGACCACUGUCGCGGUAUCGGGAAAACUGAAAUGACGAUGACCGCCGUUUUGGAGUUCGCAGAGGUCUGCCUGAUGACCUUCAACAUACCGCAAGCUCGGAAACUCUUGGCUGAAAGCGAGGUCAUCCUAGUUGAGCUGUUCCAAUCAGUGGAGGACGAAAUGAUUUUUCUACCCUACAUCAAUUCGAAAAUUCAGACCCUGCUCGGACAGUGUUACCUCGAAAGCGGAUCGCUCGUCGAGGCCGAGGAAGUCCUGGUGACGGCGCUGCACAGUUUGGGCUACAGCUUCCCGAAAAUGGAAUUCCUGAUCGACAUCAAGACUAUCACGCAGCUGAUCCAACUGAGGUGGAAGCUGGGCUGUUCGGGAGAGUUCGAACUUCGCGACGACUACGUUACGACGGAGGACAGCUUGACGCAGAUCGCAGAUUACACCGAGCAGUUGGCUAGUUGCUUGACGCAAAUGUUCGAUCUCUUCAGGAUCAAAGGCAUGAAGAAACACGCGCGGCUGGCAGCAAUCUGGGGCUUGAAUUGCGCGUUGGAAACCAACAGGGACUUCUUCGCGUUGACCACGUCCUACACCAACUUGCUGAUUACGGCGCAUAUGUAUCAGGACAGGGCUAUUGUACCUUCUCUAGAGAAGAGGGCCCUUGAGAUCUGCAGACAGAGCAAGGACGCUAUCGAGCCUCAAGACCUGAACCUGGUCGCUCAACUUUACGCGGGGAUAUUCUUCUCCAGAUGGAUAAACGGACAGAUCGCGAAAGCAGUGAAGAUCGGCUUCAUCUGCUGCAGAAUGGCCACUAUGAUUGGGUCCAGAUUCUUGAAGCUGCUUAUCAUGCCUCGGUUGGCUCACCUACUUAUGAUCUCCUGUCGGCACUCGGAAACGAUCGCCAUGUUAAGGCAACUGGAGUUCGAGUCCAACAACGAUCUGGACAAAUCUGGCCGCACCUGGUACUACGCGCUUUGCGCCGACCUGCAACUGGACACUGGGAUCACGCUUCUUUCUUUCAAAACCUGCGAACAGUACUACCUUCGAGAGGGUGAGUCGAUAAUCAGCCUGCACGACCCGGAAGCGGAAAGACGGUACUUCGUCUCUAUGUGGCUGUGGUGUAUAAGAACUCAACAAUGGGAGGCUUCGAAAAUUUGGGAGAGGAAAAGCGUGAACGAUAUACCCAUAAUGGACGAACAUAUAGUAGCUGCAACCAUUACUUGUUUGAAAAAGCUCGAGGGUCUACUUAUCCUAUACGUGCACAAAUUAAACAGCAGGAACAUUGACGCAGCGAGUACUCGGUCGGAGAUAAAAAGUGUGUUCAAGAAGAUGAAGAAGAUGACUAAGAUCGUUAAAAUUGCAAUUCCUAGAUACAUGUUACUGAGCGCUUAUUAUUGCAUGAUAAAGUUUCGGAAAGGUGCAGCAAUGAAGUUGCUGAAACGAUUAAAAAGAAUAUGUUUUAAGGCGGACAAUCAAAUGGCCUAUACAUGGGUACUCUAUUUCGAGAAGGUUUGGUCCGUAGGCAUAUCUACCGUGGAAGAAGACAGAUGGAAGGAAAUUUUUGAGGGUAAAUUGAAUCUUGAGUGGCCUGAGAUCAACGCAAAUGAAUCCAACAUGGUCAUCUUUACAUUUCCCUUACCAAAUCACCCUGACUAA